AGUCCUGUGUCCCCGGUGUAAUCUCGGCGACACAGACUGAGCGAGAGGGUGGAGAGUGGCAGUCACUGGCUCCGCCCCCUCUCUCUCACCCCACCCCUGCACUGGCUCCGCGUGGUUCUCUAGAGCCGCAGCUCAGACUCGGCGGUCUCCAGGCAGCUCCAGUUCGGCGUGGUUCGGCAGAGGGAACCGCAAGCCCCCAAGUGGUCGGUCUGUGGCUUCUCCCCGAAAAAGAUCGAGGAACGCGGUCUGCCGGCAAAAUUGGACUCCACCGGCUUCCGACGACAAGCCAGGGACUGAGAGUCUCCGAGUCCCGAACGACAAGUGAUUGUCCCCAGGGGAAGGACAGGCCGGGGUCGCCAUCCAGACCGCCAUGGCCGCGCCCGCCCGCCGUCUGUGCCAUAUCGCUUUCCACGUGCCCGCGGGGCUGCCCCUCGCCCAGGAUCUGCAGCGCCUCUUCGGCUUCCAGCCCCUGGCGGUGCGGGAAGCAGACGGCUGGCGGCAGCUGGCUCUGCGGAGCGGGGACGCGGUCUUUUUGGUGAACGAGGGCGCGGGGUCCGGAGAGCCGCUGUACGGCCUGGACCCGCAUCAUGCGGUGCCCAGUGCCACGAACCUGUGCUUCGACGUGGCCGACGCGGGCGCCGCCGCCCGGGCGCUGGCGGCACUCGGCUGCAGCGUGCCAGUGCCCCCUGUCAGCAUUCGGGAUGAGCAGGGCGCCGCCACCUACGCCGUGGUCAGCUCGCCGGCCGGCAACCUCAGCCUAACGCUGCUGGAGCGCACUGGCUUCUGCGGGCCCUUCCUGCCCGGGUUUAGGCCUGUGCCCUCCGCACCUGGCCCGGGCUGGGUCAGCCACGUGGACCACCUGACCUUGGCCUGCACCCCCAGCAGCUCCCCAAAACUGAUGCGCUGGUUCCACGACUGUCUAGGCUUUCACCACCUGCCACUGAGCCCAGGUGAGGAUCCGAAGCUGGGCCUGGAGGUGGCAGCAGAGUCCGGGCGUGGGGGGCUGAGGCUCACCGCCCUGCAGGCCCCUACGGGUAGUGCUGUCCCUACCCUCGUGCUGGCUGAGUCCCUGCUGGGGGUCACCAGCCCACAGGACCAGGUGGAGCAGUUCCUGGCCCGGAACGGGGGACCUGGACUGCAGCACGUGGGGCUAUACACACCAAAUAUCAUUGAAGCCACUGAGGGGGUGGCAGGCGCCGGGGGUCAGCUCCUGACUCCUCCUGAGGCCUACUACCAGCAGCCAGGCAAGGAGCAGCAGAUCCUGGCUGCAGGGCAUGAGCCUAGCCUGCUAGCCCGACAGGGGGUCUUGCUAGAUGGUGACAGAGGCAAGUUUCUGCUUCAGGUCUUCACCAAGUCCCUCUUUGCAGAGGACACUUUCUUCCUGGAGCUGAUUCAGAGGCAGGGGGCCACUGGAUUUGGCCAGGGCAACAUUCGGGCCCUGUGGCAGUCUGUGCAGGAGCAAGCUGCCAGGGUCCAGGAAGCCUGAGAAGGGCUUGAAGCUGGGUGUAGCCGCCUGUCC